GGGGGUUUGUGGUACAAAAGAGUUGUGGGUGACUUCUGGGACUCCCAUGUCAAGUCAAGUCUCAAGUCUCAGGUCUCAAGCACUGCGAUUUCCAAAUCAUAUCGAUUUCAAGCAGCUUCUCCAAUACUACUUCUCUAAAACUAUGUUCGUUGCAUAAAGAUUUAGCAACCAUGCCGAAGAACAAGGGAAAGGGAGGAAAGAACAGGAAGAGGGGAAAGAAUGAAGCCAGAUGAUGAAAAGCAUGAACGUGUUCAAGGAAGAUUAGAAGGAAAUGCCGACUCAUGAUUUACGUCCACUCAUUUAUUACCAGGAGUUUAAAGCUUGAAGCCUUGAAUUGCCCAUCAUUUGGCCGCAAAAGGCAAACCUUCUUGUACUGGCAUAGUGAAGCGAAGGAGAGGAGGAAAAUGGAUUCCAAAACUGUAGUUCAUAAACCUCAUGCUGUAUGUAUUCCAUCCCCUGCCCAGAGCCACAUAAAGGCCAUGCUAAAAUUUGCAAAGCUUCUCCAUGGGAAAGGUUUUCACAUAACCUUUGUCAACACCGAGUUCAAUCACCAGCGUUUUUUACAAUCUGGAGGCCUCAACUCCUUACAUGGCUUUCCUGACUUCCAAUUCAAAACCAUUCCAGACAGCCUCCCUCCAUCGAAUUCCAAUGCCACCCAAGACCUCCCUUCUCUUUGCAAUUCCAUUCUCAACAACUUCUUGGCUCCAUUUUCCGACUUGCUUCUGAAACUCAACUCCACAGCUUCACAUUUCAAUAUUCCGGUAACAUGUGUUAUCUCCGAUGGUUUCUUGCCUUUCACUGUCACUGCGGCUCAAGAACUCAGAGUCCCUAUUGUAAUGCUCUUCACGAUCUCUGCUUGCAGCCUAAUGGGUUUUAUGCAGUUACCUUCGCUCAGGGACAAAGGCUUUAUACCACUUAAAGAUGAGAGCUAUUUAACAAAUGGCUAUUUGGAAACCGUUAUAGAUUGGAUUCCCGGUAUGAGAGAUAUCCGAAUGAGGGAUCUCCCAACCAUGGUUCGAGCCACAGAUCCAAAUGAUGCACUCUUCAAAUUGAGCUUUGAGGCUGCAAAGAGAGCUCCUGAAGCGUCAGCUAUUGUAGUUCACACAUUUGAUGCGUUAGAGCAAGAAGUUUUGGAUGCACUCUUCCCUAUGUUUCGUCGCGUAUACGCCAUUGGCCCUCACCAACUCUUACUCAAUCAAUCACCCAAUGACUCUCUUAAGUCAAUUGGGUAUAGUUUAUGGAAAGAAGAAACCGAGUGCCUCAAUUGGCUUAACUCUAAGGCACCCAACUCAGUGGUGUAUGUGAAUUUUGGAAGUUUAAUUGUCCUGACACCACAACAGUUGAAUGAGUUUGCUUGGGGACUUGCAAAUAGCAAGCAUCUGUUCUUGUGGAUUAUUAGGCCCGACUUAGUCGUUGGCGAAUCGGCUAUUUUGCCACCUGAGUUCGUGGUAGAUACAAAAGAAAGGAGUCUAAUAGCUAGUUGGUGCCCCCAAGAGGAAGUGUUGAACCACCCCUCGAUUGGAGGGUUCUUAACACAUUGCGGGUGGAAUUCAAUUCUUGAAAGCGUGUGUGCGGGAGUGCCGAUGCUUUGUUGGCCAGUCUUUGGAGAUCAGCAAACAAACUGCAAGUAUACAUGCAAUGAUUGGGGUAUUGGCAUGGAGAUUGAUAAUGAUGUCAAGAGAGAGGAAUUGGAAAAGAUUGUGAGAGAGUUUAUGGAGGGAGACAAGUGUCAGAAAAUGAGGAAGAAGGCCAUGGAGUGGAAAAGAUUGGCAGAGGCAGCAAGUGAACCACAUGGUUCUUCCUCCAUGAAUCUAAACAAUUUGGUGAAUGACGUGUUGUUAUCAAAAGGCUAGAUGUUUUAAGAUAAGAGCGAGUGCUAACAAUCAAAGAAUAAAAAAAAAUUGUCGUGUGUUUUAUAUUUAUAUAUCCAGUUUGUACUUCUGCUUCAAAUAAGCCCUUAUGUUAUGAUGAAUUAUAGCGUUAGUUCUUGGGACGAGUCGAGCAAAGCUAGGCGGCUUUGAGAAGUUCUGAAGAGUUUCUUCUUUUUGCUA